AAGAGAAAGACAGAGACAGAGACAGAGAGGGGGAGAGAGAGAGGGAGAGAGAGAGACAGAGACAGAGAGGGAGAGAGAGAGAGGGGGGAGAGAGAGAGAGAGAGAACAGGGAGUCUUAGAGUUUAGUGGAACACAAAUAAUUUUGUCACCAGCGAGCUCUGACUUGUAGAGACAGAGACGGUGCUGGUAAAAAGAGAGAGAGAGAGAGAGGGAGGGAAAGAGAGAGAGAGGGAAUAGGGGGAGAGUUAAAUAGAGGGAGGGAGCAACACGCAUGUUCUGACAGAGGACAAGAAAGAGAGAGAGAAACGUUUUCACUCCUAGGGAGAAGCAGUAGAGAGAACAUAGAGAGAGAGAAAGAGAGAGAGGACGUAAAGAACAGGAGAGAUAAACGGACAGAGCAGUGAGGGAAGUGGACAAAAAGAGACCCUGCAAUCUGAUCACUGUGGCAGUGUGUGAAGUGAGAGUUUUUAUCUCUGUCUAACCAGGCUCGGGCUCGUACCAUCACUCACCUUCCCAACCGACGCGCGCUGGUCUGGUCUGUUCAUUUCUUACUUUUCUUUCAUUAACAAAGAGAUCCGUCCUGGUUUUAUGCGUCAAGUCAUUUUCCUAUGGUCAACUAGUGGGGUAUUGUGAACAUCUCUACUCGUCUUUCUGCUCUAGUUUCUAGAAUCUCUGUCCUUGUUGAAACAGGUUCAGUACCUCGGUCCCUACCUUCUCUUUGUUUAGGCACCGUCCAGAGGAACACAGAGCAGGCAGAGCGGUAUGUGUUGUGUGAAGUUACUAGCUGCAGGACAGGGUUUGGCUGUUUGAACAGACUCAAUGACCAGUCCGUUGUGUUGUGUUGUGUGACCAGUCCGUUGUGUUGUGUGACCAGUCCGUUGUGUUGUGUGACCAGUCCGUUGUGUUGUGUGACCAGUCCAUUGUGUUGUGUGACCAGUCCGUUGUGUUGUGUGACCAGUCCAUUGUGUUGUGUGACCAGUCCGUUGUGUUGUGUGACCAGUCCAUUGUGUUGUGUGACCAGUCCGUUGUGUUGUGUGACCAGUCCAUUGUGUUGUGUGACCAGUCCGUUGUGUUGUGUGACCAGUCCGUUGUGUUGUGUGACCAGUCCGUUGUGUUGUGUGACCAGUCCGUUGUGUUGUGUGACCAGUCCGUUGUGUUGUGUGACCGUUGUGACUCUCUGAGACUAUGUGCUGUAAGAGCGUCUGCAUAUAUUAUCCUAGAUUAACACAAGAUUGAAGUUAUACUUAGGUGGAACCAGAUAGAUUUUUUCGCUGCUCUCUGGGGUGGUUGUUUUUGUUGUUGUGGUGACAGUCACUAGAUUCUAGCUGUUCUGUUUGACAACUCUCUCUCCACCUGGUCGUGUUUCAGCAUCGUAGACGUCACUCUCAUUUCUACCGGACUUUUUUUUUUCAUUUAAAAAAGGAAAUCUACUUGAGGCUGAGUCACAAGGCUGUCUGUCUGUCUGGGGUUCUCCCUUCGUGACUCAGAGGAGACUCAGGUGAUUUUCACACCAGUGACAGCAAUAACAGCAGUCACCGCAGCAGUGUGGGGGCAUUAGGCUGAGGGACUCUCUUCAUCACCACAGACCUUUAAUUGUUCUGGUCUGUAAACACCUUGCGUCAGUCACACUUACACUCUGACUGAUUCACUGUUCUCUGAGGGGGGGGGGGAGAGAGAGAGAGAGAGAGAGAGAGACAGAGAGACAGAGAGAGAGAGAGAGAGAGAGAGAGAGAGACACAAAGAGAGAGACAGAGACAGAUAGACACAAAGAGAGAGACAGAGACACAGAGAGAGUGAGAGAGAGAGAGAGAGAGAGAGAGAGGGGGAGAGAGAGAGAGAGAGAGAGAGAGAGAGAGAGAGAAAGAGAGACAGAGAGAGAGAGAGAGAAAGAGAGAGAGAAAGAGAGAGAGAGAGAGAGGGGAAAAAGAGCACUGAAGGAGAAAGGUGUUGAGAAGCAGAACAGACGGACCAUGAGACUGGUGUGUUUGGUCCUUACGUGCCUGGCGGCGCUGUGCUUGGCGGGCAGCGUGAGCAGCAUGUCCACCUGUAAGACUCUAGACCUGGAGCUGGUUAAGAAGAAACGCAUCGAGGCGAUCAGGGGACAGAUCCUCUCCAAGCUGAGGAUGCCCAAGGAGCCGGAGGAGGAGCAGGCGGGAACAGGGAAGGAGAUCCCUGUAGCGUUGCUCUCUCUCUACAACAGCACCGUGGAGCUCACUGAGGAGCAGAAACUACAGCCACACCCCACCACACACACACUGGAGGAGGAGGAGGAGUACUUCGCCAAGGAGGUCCACAAGUUCACCAUGAAGCAGGAUAAGAAUGUCACCAAGCACCAGAUGCUGUUUAACCUGAAUGAGAUGAGGUCCAGCAUUGGGGACUACCAUCUACUCUCCAGCGCUGAGCUCCGCCUGCUCAUCAAAACCACUAACAUCCCGUCUGGCAGUGAGCAGCGCCUGGAGCUUUACAAGGGGCUGGGCGACAGCAGACGAUACCUGGGAUCACGCUUCGUCACCAACAAGUGGAGUGACCGCUGGCUGGCUUUCGACGUCACUGAAACCCUCAAGGAAUGGCUGAAGGGGACCGAGGAAGAGCAGGGCUUUGAGUUGAAGCUGUACUGUGAGUGUGGUAAACCCAUGGAAAAGUUCCUCUUCAGUAUCUCCGGGUUGGACAGCGGGGUACGAGGUGACGUGGCUGGUCUAGCCAAGAACAUGAGGAAGCCUCACAUCUUGGCCAUGUCCAUCCCCCAGAACUACAGCUCACAGCUCACCUCCUCGCGUAAGAAACGGGCCGUCGCUACAGACACAGGGCUGAACACCUGCACAGAUAAAACAGAGAACUGUUGCGUGAGGAAACUCUACAUCGACUUCAGGAAAGAUCUGGGCUGGAAGUGGAUCCACCAGCCGAAAGGUUACCAUGCCAACUACUGCAUGGGCUCAUGCACCUACAUCUGGAAUGCUGAAAACAAAUACUCUCAGAUCCUUGCCCUGUACAAGCACCACAACCCAGGAGCGUCGGCCCAGCCGUGCUGUGUACCCCAGGUCUUGGACCCUCUGCCAAUCCUCUACUACGUAGGGAGACAACACAAGGUGGAACAGUUGUCCAACAUGAUUGUAGAGAGCUGUAAGUGCAGCUAGAAGACAUCGGUCAUAUCUCCUCUAUCUCCUCCUAUCUCCUCUAUCUCCUCCUACCUCCCCAUAUCUCCUCUAUCUCCCCAUAUCUCCUCUAUCUCCCCAUUUCUCCUCUAUCUCCCCAUAUCUCCUCUAUCUCCCCAUAUCUCCUCUAUCUCCCCAUAUCUCCUCCUACCUCCCCAUAUCUCCUCUAUCUCCCCUAUCUCCUCUAUCUCCCCUAUCUCCUCUAUCUCCCCUAUCUCCCCAUAUCUCCUCUAUCUCCUCCUACCUCCCCAUAUCUCCUCUAUCUCCCCAUAUCUCCUCUAUCUCCUCCUAUCUCCUCCUAUCUCCUCCUAUCUCCUCCUAUAUCCUCCUAUAUCCGCUAUAUCCUCCUAUCUCCUUUAAUCUCCUCUAAUCUCCUUUUAUCUCCUCCUUUCUCCUCUAAUCUCCCCCAUCUCCUCCUAUCUCCUCCUAUCUCCUCUUAUCUCCUCCUUUCUCCUCUAAUCUCCUCCUUUCUCCUCUAAUCUCCUCUAAUCUCGUCCUAUCUCCUCAUAUCUCCUCUAUCUCUGCCCCUUCCUUUUCCUCACACACCGAUACGGACACACGGAGAAGGAAUGGAGGGAGGAGAGAGAACUCAGAGAGGAACAAGAGACGAGAUAGAAGGAUUGACUCUGGGAUGGAGGAGUGGAACAAGAGAUGAGAAGAUGAUCAUUUGUGAUCGAUCACAGAACCAGCCUCCUCCCUGAUGGAACAAGACCAGAACUAUGGACAUUUCUGCUUUUUUACAUUUUACACGCUAUAACCUGGAUGAAUAUAGGCUUUACAUUUAAACAAUACGUUUAUCUCAAGGAGUGAAUUAAUUUAUUGUGUUACAUGUAGCAGAGCUGUAUAGUGUAUUACUGUAGAGGCUUAGAGGUGCAGUGGCAUGUGGGGUAGUGAUGGGAGAGACUUUGAGGACAGGGGUUAAAGGUUAUCCGAUACCCCAGAAGAGGUACAGGAGGACUUCAUUGGACCCAGAGAACACCAAUAGGACCAGAAUGAAAUCCUUCAUUUUAAGGGGAACACGUUUUUUUCUAGUAAGGAUGGGCCCAGGACUUUUUUAUAUAACCAACAGUGCCUGUCCAGAACUCACUUGUGCCAGACAUUAGUACGAGGACACCACACGUUUGCACAAAAGCCUAAGGACCUUGUUUAUGUGGGUGAAUCAUUGGGCUGGACCAGGUGUUUCCCAGAAGAGGCUUGAGAAGUGUUACGACAGCGAGCCUCCCUGGCUAGAGAGACUGUUACGGGUCGAUGGCCUCCAGAGAGACUGUUUAUUGGUCGAUGGCCUCCAGAGAGACUGUUUAUUGGUCGAUGGCCUCCAGAGAGACUGUUUAUUGGUCGAUGGCCUACAGGGAGACUGUUUAUUGGUCGAUGGCCUCCAGAGAGAAUGUUUAUUGGUCGAUGGCCUCCAGAGUGACUAUUACUGGUCGAUGGCCUCCAGAGAGUAUGUUUAUUGGUCGAUGGCCUCCAGAGAGACUGUUUAUUGGUCGAUGGCCUCCAGAGAGACUGUUUAUUGGUCGAUGGCCUCCAGAGAAACUGUUUAUUGGUCGAUGGGCUCCAGAGAGACUGUUUAUUGGUCGAUGGCCUCCAGAGAAACUGUUUAUUGGUCGAUGGCCUCCAGAGAGUCUGUUUAUUGGUCGAUGGCCUCCAGAGAGACUGUUUAUUGGUCGAUGGCCUACAGAGAGACUGUUUAUUGGUCGAUGGCCCCCAGAGAGACUGUUACAGGUCGAUGGCCUCCAGAGAGACUGUUACAGGUCGAUGGCCUCCAGAGAGACUGUUUAUUGGUCGAUGGCCUCCAGAGAGACUGUUUAUUGGUCGAUGGCCUCCAGAGAGACUGUUUAUUGGUCGAUGGCCUCCAGAGAGACUGUUUACUGGUUGAUGGCCUCCAGAGAGACUGUUGAUUGGUCGAUGGCCUCCAGAGAGACUGUUUACUGGUCGAUGGCCUCCAGAGAGACUGUUGAUUGGUCGAUGGCCUCCAGAGAGACUGUUUACUGGUCGAUGGCCUCCAGAGAGACUGUUGAUUGGUCGAUGGCCUCCAGAGAGACUGUUUACUGGUCGAUGGCCUCCAGAGAGACUGUUGAUUGGUCAAUGGCCUCCAGAGAGACUGUUUACUGGUCGAUGGCCUCCAGAGAGACUGUUUACUGGUCGAUGGCCUCCAGAGAGACUGUUUACUGGUCGAUGGCCUCCAGAGAGACUGUUGAUUGGUCAAUGGCCUCCAGAGAGACUGUUUACUGGUCGAUGGCCUCCAGAGAGACUGUUGAUUGGUCGAUGGCCUCCAGAGAGACUGUUUAUUUGUCGAUGGCCUCCAGAGAGACUGUUUAUUGGUCGAUGGCCUCCAGAGAGACUGUUGAUUGGUCGAUGGCCUCCAGAGAGACUGUUGAUUGGUCGAUGGCCUCCAGAGAGACUGUUGAUUGGUCGAUGGCCUCCAGAGAGACUGUUGAUUGGUCGAUGGCCUCCCUGGCUAGUAGCACGUAGGUCCUUAAUGUUUCCUCUUUACCGUCCAUCUCUUGCACCUGUUUAUUUAGCUACUAUGUUAUUCUGUUAUUCUAUUAUUCUGUGUGCUGUCAGUUUGUUUCUGUUCCCCUGUCGUAGGUUGUUCAUCAUUCUGUCCGGCUUGUUAUAACAUUGUGUGUGUGUGUGUGUGUGUGUGUGUGUGUGCGCGCGCGUGCUUGGGUGUGUGUGCGUACAUGUGUGUGUAGCGCUGUGUGUGUGUGUGUGUGUAGCGUUGUGUGUGUAUCACAUGCUCUGUGCUGUCAGAGGGAGGAGUAACUGUGGCAGUAUUAGUAGGAUUGGUACGCCCUGCCUUAUGACAUGCGUGUUGUUUUAGAGGGAGAGGGAAUGUGGUUGUGGUGGUGGGGGGGGGGGGGUUUAGAGGAAGCUGGGAGCACCAUGGACCGUCUGUUUACACACUGUUCAUGUGUUGCUGCUUCACGUUGCUAUAAAGUCAAUAUAGACAAUUUAUUGCUUCUAUUUAAAGAUAAAAUAGUCACAUUUCUGCUUGUUAUUGCAGCCCAAAACAUUUUUAUCUGUUGUUGUUGUUGUUGUUGCUCGGUGUGAUGUACUGUUACAUGUUCCAGGUCAUGUGGGAGAGGGAACUCUGCUUCUUUCUCACUUUACAAUAAUUGCACUUACUUUUUUUUCAGUCCUUUUUUUUCAUUUCAACGUAAAUAUCUGAAACCAACUUUAAAUAAACAUUGAUGUUGUUAA